AUGAAGCUUUUCAUAAUUAUCGAUAGUCGCCUGGAUCCUGCUACAUCUACUACUCUCCUUAAACAAAUCUCCUUUCUCCCAUUAGCAAUUGCGCAGGCAUCAGCUUACAUUCUUGAAAACGGCAUCAAUUUGUCUACCUACCUUACACUGCUCCAAGAGCAGGAACAAGAUGCUGUGGAACUCCUAAGCGAAGACUUCAAGGAUCCAGGACGAUACAAAGAUAUUCAGAAUCCUGUGAUCACCUCCUGGCUAAUAUCAUUCAAACAGAUCCAACAGCAAGAUCAAUUAGCUGCUAACUAUCUAUCUUUUAUUGCCUGCAUCGAUCCGCGAAACAUUCCCCAGUCCAUACUUCCUCAAGCUGCAUCCAGAAAGCAGAAAGUCGAUGCUUUGGGGCUUUUAAAUGCAUACUCCUUUAUGAACAGCCAAGACAUGGAUAUCAAUAUGCACCGACUGGUACAUAUUGCAACCCGAAAUUGGCUUAGGAAGAAUGCGCUAUUCAGCUACUGGAUCCAAAGAGUGGCUGAUAAUAUGCAGAAUGUAUUCCCAGAUAAUCACCACACCAAACGAGGACUUUGGCGGGAAUAUCUUCCUCACGCUUUAGCAGUUGUGCAUGAAGAUGAAUUUGUGGUACAAGAGAACAAUUACUUGACUUUGACUAAGAAGGUAGCAGAUUGCCUUGCUAGUGAUGGAAGAUAUAAAGAAGCAGAGGUACUUUAUAAGAGGCUGAUGACGAUCAACCAGGAGAAAGCUGGUGCAAAACAUCCCUCCACUCUGAGCAGCAUGGCAAACCUGGCAUCAACAUUUUGGAAACAGGGUCGAUGGAAUAAAGCUGAGAAGCUGGAGUUGCAAAUAAUGGAGACAAGGAAAACCGUGCUGGGAACUGAGCAUCCUGACACUUUGACUAGCAUAGCAAACCUGGCAUCAACCUACCGAAAUCAAGGUCGAUGGAAUGAAGCUGAGAAGCUAGAGGUGCAAGUAUUGGAGACAUCUAAGACCGUGCUAGGAGCUGAGCAUCCUAAUACUCUGAUCAGCAUGGCAAACCUGGCAUCAACCUACCGAAAUCAAGGUCGAUGGAAUGAAGCUGAGAAGCUAGAGGUGCGAGUGUUGGAGGCAAGGAAGACCGUGCUAGGAGCUGAGCAUCCUGACACUUUGACCAGCAUGGCGGGCCUUGCCUAUACUUGGAAAUCUCAGGGAAAAAUGCACAAUGCCUUAACUCUAAUGAAACAAUGCUCUCACCUGAGAAACCAAGUAUUAGGGCCUAGUCAUCCGAAAUCCAGGUCAGCGUCUUGUACUUUCCUUGACUGGGUAGAUGAGCAUAAAGCAUUGUCAAAUCAAUCACCGCUCACCGGGAACAAUUGUCUGCAGCCUCUUUCAGCCUCAUCAGCCGUGCUCACCGCUUAUGUGACCCGUGGAGUGCACAUCAAUCCACCUUAUGCCCCAGCUGUUAAAUCAUUCCUUGGAAAUCACCCUCUCAUCAUAGCUGCUAGAACACCCUCGCCUAGGGCUGAAGGCCAAGACAUACAAGAUGUGGAUUAG